AUGAAUUUUUACUAUCAAGGUGAAUCAUCGCUUAGUAUUGACUCCUCGUUUACACAGGAGACAGUGGUCUCAAAGCUGAGGGAGAUGGACCUUUCAGUUGUGUCAAGACUGGAUGUAGCAAGUAAACAUAUAGUUAAAUUCGAACUACCACCAGAUAUCACUUUCCCCAAUCUGUCGUACUGUUCAAUCGGUUUUGAAAGUAUGCUAUCCGAUGGUAGUAUUCGAACAAGUCCACUGCAAGAGAUAGAUAUUGACUUUGCGAGCUCCUUCCCAAAUAUCAAGGAGAUUUACAUUUCCUGCUGUUCUGAAUUGUCCAAAGUUGAAUUGUUCCACGGAAAAACCUCCACACUGGAUAAUCUUUCUAUCAACUCAAGCUUUGAGUCAUCUGACGCAUUCUCGCAAACGUUAGAUCAUAUUUUCUCUCAUUGUCCCAAGCUGGCCCAGUUGCAAGUCUCAUUCUGUAAAUUUGAUGGUUCCAAUGACAAUCGAUAUGUAAUCCCACUCGAAAUGUGUCCCCAGCUGAACGAUAUUUCUAUUUACGAUAACGUGGCUUUCUCUGAGGUUCAGAUUCGUUCUCAGGUUCCCCGCAAGUUGAAACGUCUUUUCUUUCGAAAUAAUGUAGGUUUGAAGCUCAUCAAGAUAGACCCUGCAGUGAGCAUUGUUGGAAUUUUGGCGAUCAAUGAUUAUGACGAGGAAACAAGACUAGAUGCUGAUUGCAACACAUAUAGCAAAUGUACAAGUAUCAACAUGUCGACCAGUUGUUUAGUAGAGCUCAACUUCAAUAAUGUUGUGCUUGACCACCUGGUAACAUUAGCUCUUCUUCGACCAACUGUUGUUAACCAGACGAAACAUGCAGAUUCAAAAGAGGAAGGGCAGCUUAGUAACAUCAAAGAUCUAAAGUUGGAAGAAAAAGUUUUAGAUGUUUUAAGUGAUCCAAGUAGAUUUCCAAAUUUGAAAACCAUACUUAGUGAGUUCAUGCCAGGCAUUAAUUCCUACAUUGACUGCUUAGACCAAUUACCUAGCUUAGACAUGCUGAAUCUGCGUGAUAAUUCAAUUGUCACACCUUUGGAGUUUGUCAAGCCUUCUCAGAUAUCUUUCCUGACUCUUGAACUUGGCAGAUAUCCCUCUCUUAAGGUUGCAAACCAGGUAAAGUUAAGGGAGCUAACCAUCAGUCUCCUUGAUGAAUGUUCAAUAAUCGAGAUAUCCAACUGUCCGAAAUUGGAGAAGAUUGAACUUUAUGGAAUUGAACGAAGGAGCAUUUUGUCAGUCAAGAAUUGUCCUCUCUUGUCUGUCUUCAGGUGGGAAAGAGUUGACUCCAUAGAAUCGGUUAGUUUUGACGAAAGUUGUUCAAACCUAAAGGAAUUAUACAUUGAAAACGAAAAACCUUUCAAUAUGUCCAUUCCCGACAUUGCUUUGAAGAAUCUCAAGUCCAUACACUUGGGGGAGAUACACGAGUUGUCAGGCAGUUUUCCGAAUCUUCAAUAUCUAGAGAUAAAAUCGGAAUCACCCUUCAAACGACUGGAAUUAAGAGAUACUACGAAUUUAAAAGAAUUAAUCGUUCAAGGAAUUCCCAACACCUUCAGCAUAGACGACACUUCCAGCGUCUCAUUUGUAUCAACUCCAAAAGAAACAGAAGUUCACAAGGUGUUUCAAAAGCUUUUGGAAGAAAUUGCUAACACAGAUUGUUUAAGAAAUUACUCGAUUCUAGAUAAACUUGAUGACUCGCUGGAGGUGACUGGGACGUUUUUCGGCGGUAAGUUAUUUCAAAAAAGCGACAAGAAGCUUUGCUACUUUGAGGAAGAAACUCAGUGCCCUAUUUGCUUAGAUCAGAUGAGCGAGGAAUGUGUCAUUCUUGGGUGCGGCCAUGCUUCUCAUAAGAAGUGUAUUAGAGAACUAUUGGUGGAGUCAGAUUGCUGCCCCGUUUGCAGCAAGAGCACCGAGACUAGAAAAUUAACACUCGAUGCAUACUAG